UUUAUAUAUAAAUAUAUAUCAUAGAAAUAUUUUAUUAAAAUAUUUUAUCUUUUGUCAAGCUGACAUGUGUAAUAACAUUAUUGUAGAUCAGUCUUAAUCAUAAACAUAUUACUGUGUCUAUAGUCAUAAUAAAUGAAAGAUUGUUUUAAAUUUUUUAAAACAUGAAUAGUCCUGUUUACCUAUUGUUUCAGACUAUCUCGAACAAUAUCAAAUUUGAUACGUUACGUUAAUUUACAUUAGCAAACUAUACGAACGAAUAAUAUUCUUCAGAUAUGGAGAGAUUCAAGGAAAUCGAUUGGAAUCCUGCAUUAGAAGACAUAAUAGAUGAUGUAUUCAUCAGAGACGAGAGAUUAGAACGGGAGAGUGCGAUGUAUAGGAUUAUGAGAGAUGAUUUUACAGAUCCGUUUGAAGAUAUUGAACAAGAUUAUGCUAAUGUUAAUAUGGAAUUGAUACAAAAAUUUCUCUCCGAAGAUCCUCUCACUGAUACAGAGCAAGAAGAGGAACAAAAAAUCGAUGACAAACAAAAAAAUAGGAAAAAAAAGAAUGUUGAUAUUGAUAGUAAACAAAACCAAGAUAAAAGGCCAUAUCUGCCUGGCAUAAGAAAAUUACCAUUUAAUUUUCCUAAAAGAUCUUGUUUGACUAAGGUUCAACAAAAUAUGUGUCUUCGUGUUUUAUUAAAAUUAUCCAACAAUAAACAGAAGGAGUUGAGCAAGGAAGAACAAUCAGAGAUGGAAUCUUACAUAGAGUUGAAAGACAAAAUAUUCGAAGAACAGAAAGAAUUUUUAAACUUUGCCAAGAGCAAAUGGAAUGACAGUUUCAAUUGGCCAAUUAAAUAUGAAAGAUUUAUAAUAUCUAAAUGGAACACAAAGAUGAAGAAGUUUCAAAAACUACCUAGAUAUUAUGUUGAAUUUAAAAAUAUAUCACUUUCGAUGCAACAAAUUAAUUCAACGUUUAAGAAAAGCAUUGAAAUAAAAUUUAUAUCUUGUUUACAUAAAUUAGGAUCUUUUUCUAAAAUGAUGUGGCCAAAGCUCGAUCGACCGAGUAUGUUAAACGUAAAUCCUGUAAUAUUGUUUAACAAAUAUCAAUGCGUCACGCAUAACAAAGUGACGCACUAUUUCAGAUUACCUGUGAGCGAUGAUACGUAUUGCGAGAAUCUUGCGAUGGAAACCAAAGCGGAUUUUGUUAUAUCAUCUAGUGGUCUUAAAUGCCUACUAAACACUGAUUUGUAUUACUUGAAUUCGUGGAUCAUACCGAUUGUAAUAAAAUCGCAUAAUGGGAAAAAUGUUGUUUACAUCGAUAAAAGAAUACCGUCUAGCCUUGCCACAAUACCGCAAAAAAACACUUGGGUAUACAAAUACAUCCUUAGGCACUGUUUUGCUGAUGCUAAUAAUGAAAUGUUUAAAGAAAAAAUGCAACACACAACAGAAGAUAAACCUGAAAAAGCCGCAGUCCAUUCGGAUAUAGAUAAUACUGAUUUGGAAUGUAGUGCUGAAUUUAAUGAUUAUCUUAAAAUCUAUGAAGAAGAUUUGUAUUCCACAGAUGCGGAAAAAUCGGAAAAACUGGGUGAUUCAGCAAAUGACAAUGAAACAAACGAUACCAAAACAAAUGUAAUGUACAAGCUUUUCACAAUAGGGCCAACGGAAUCUCUGAAUUAUGAAGUAGGGAAACAUGAUGUGAAGACAUAUCAGAUGUUGGUUCGUACAAAAAUGGAUGGCAUAGAGGUAUUGCCAAAUCGAAAAUCGCAGUAUGUAAUGUUAACACCAAAAAUGGAGCAUCAGCUAGGACUCGGAGCCGAAGCCGUAACAUUUGAAGAAGUAUCACAUCAGUGGGCGUCAUUGAUAUUUAGACCAGAGACUUCGUUAGCUAGAGUUAGAAUAGCAGCAGAUACUUCAGAAAUAAUACAAAUAGAAAAACACACUACAACAUCAUUAAGCAACGAGAUGAGAAGACUUUAUAAUGUUAAAAUAGAAAAUUCUUUAAGUAUUCUACAUAAUAUAAUUGAAGGAUUAUCAUCCUUGUCUUCUGGUCGAUAUAUUAUGCGCCAUGUCCCACAAAGAGGACCAUUUGCAUAUGUUUAUAAGCAAGUUGAAGAACCUGGGAAAAAUGUUUUUGAUUUACAUACGGUUUGUCAAUCUGCAAUAUUUCAAACUGUACCUAGAACACCAUGGCCACUUAUUGACACUAUAUUAACAACACCAGUAAUAAGACACUUUAAGAAAAUGCCUGCAAUGUUUAACGCAUAUCAAUCCUUUUCUGGUCAACCUAAAAAAAGACAAAAAAAAAUUGAUUUUACCGAAUCAGCUCCUCGAAGAAGUCUUCGACUAAAAGAAGUGAAGAAUGAGAAGUAAAAGAUAAAAUGCAACAAAAUUUUUUUAAAGUUUUUGUUUCGAGAAGAGUUUUACUCUUUCCAAAUAUCUAUUGUUUAUUUUAUAAUCCAUUCUUUACUUUUAUUCUUAUUUUGCUUUUACAAUGUUCUUUCUUUUGCAUUGCUUUUUUUACUCCAUGCAAUCAUAAAAUGAAAAUCGCAUAAAUCUUUCACAUAUACAUUGAUACGAUGAUACAGUAAAAAGCAAUGUAAGUGAAGAGUAAAACGGGGAGCACACACUUUUGCAUAAGCGCAUAAUCAUAAACAUAAAGAAAUUGAUUGGUCCACAAAUAUAUGCAUAAGGAAAUGAACCAAUCAAUUUCCUUAUGCUUAUAGUUAUGCGCUUAUGCAAAAGUGUGUGCUCCCCGUUUAAAACAAAAAAUAUUUAAUUACAUGUGCAAUUAAUGCAAUCUAAAGUAUAGCUAUAAUUUUAUUCAUAUAUAUAUAUAUACACAAAGUAUAAUAUGGAGAGAAUCACAAAGAAUAGAAAAAUAUUUAAUGGUUCCUACUAUUACUCUAAUGGUACAUGUACAGAAAAUGUUUAUUUUUUGAUUUUAAGUAAGAAAAGGAAGAGAAGAUAUAAUUAUAUAGGGGCAAUAGCGGAAAAAAACGCUGAAAUUUACCUUACAGUUACAUGUUAUUUGAUUUAUAACUUUAUACAUGUCUAUACAUGUAAAUAAUCUCCAUUAAUGCUUACAUUAAUUAAUAUUUUAAUAAAUAUGAAAGUAAAUUAGCUUUCAAAUAAACUUAGUUUGA